AUGGUUAUUAUGGAAUCAAUAUUGGGGAAACUGAAGCACUAUGUACAUCCUCUACAGUUAAUGAAAUUAGGGAGAAUAGACCAAAUCCUUAAGAAACUGAUGAUUGUAGUGCCGGGACAUGUCAGAAUGUUGAUGUCGAUGGCCCGUAAUAGGACUUUCAAUGUCGCCAACCCACGUCUGACAGGAAAGACCGAAUGUAAGGCAAAGAUUAAUGCCUUAAAUUCUUAUGGAAAACUUCAGUUGACUACGGUUCAUAAUGUCCAUAACCACGGCCUCAGUCCAAAGAAAUCUCGCUUCUUUCGAUGUAAUAGAGAAGUGAGUGAAGCCGUUAAAAGAGUUCUAGAUACAAAUGACCAAGCGGGUGUCCGGUUGAACAAGAGUUUUGGAUCUCUUGUUGUUGGCGCGGGCGGGUUUGAGAAUCUCCCGUUUUUGGAAAAGGAUUGUCGUAAUUAUAUCGAUAAGGCAAGACAUUUACGACUUGGUGCAGGUGGAGCUGGUGCGCUGCGAGAAUAUUUUUGUAGGAUGCAGUACAAAAAUCCUAGGUUCUUUGUAUUGAUGGAUUUAGAUGAUGAUGGGAGGUUGAAAAAUGUCUUCUGGGCCGACCCCUGUAGUAGAGCAGCCUACCAAUAUUUUGGUGAUGUGGUUACAUUUGACACCACAUACCUGACGAAUAAAUAUGGGAUGCCGUUUGCACCUUUUGUUGGUGUAAACCACCACGGACAGUCAAUUCUAUUGGGAGCAAGCUUGAUAUCUCGGGAGAAUACGGAGACCUUUGUGUGGUUAUUCCAGACUUGGUUGCAGUGUAUGGAUGGUAUAGCUCCUAAAGCUAUUAUAACUGACCAAGAUAGAGCGAUGAAAAAUGACAUUACUAUUGUUUUCCUAACGACCCGACAUAGAUUUUGCCUAUGGCAUAUACUGAAGAAAGUCCCUGAAAAGCUUGGUUCUUAUGGUUCCUACAAAACUGGGAUGAAAAAUGACUUGAUGAAAUGUGUGUAUGACAGUCAGAGUGUUGAAGAGUUUGAAACAAGCUGGGAUAAGUUAAUUACACGUACGAUUUGCAUGAAAAUGCGUGGUUGCAAAGUCUAUACGCUGAGCGGCAGUAUUGGGUUCCAACAUUCUUGA